UAUUUUCUUGGUUGCCGCGAGCUUCCACGACCACCACACAAAAAACUGAAAGCAAAUAUGGCUAAGCCAUCUGAGAAACCUUUCCUUGUUGCCAGUCAUCAUCUAUGGCUCUUCUUCCUUCUUCUCUGAAAACUCUUCUCCAUAUCUCAUCUCAACGUUAUCUUCCUUCCUUUCACAACCCCAUCACUCUCACAUCAUCUUUCAAUCCACUCACACAUUCAAAGCUGAACCACAGAAGUUUCAACUCCAAGCUCUUGGCUAUUUCUUAUAGGUAUUUCAUUGAAGAAGAAGAAGAAGAUGAUGACGAUGAUGAUGAAAACUACAACUUUGAUGAAGCAGUGGCUCUCUUCAAUGGAGGAGAGUACUACAAAUGUCAUGACUAUCUUGAAGCCCUUUGGAAUAAUGCUGAAGAGCCAACCAGAACACUUAUACAUGGAAUACUGCAAUGUGCAGUGGGCUUUCACCACCUCUUCAACCAGAACCAUAGAGGUGCCAUGAUGGAGUUGGGGGAAGGACUAUGUAAACUGAGAAAGAUGGAAUUCUCAAAUGGACCAUUUCAUAAGUUUGAGAAAGACAUAUCAGCUGUUUUGGAUUUUAUCUACCAAACUCAGAUAGAGUUAGCUGCAUGUAGUGAGGAUAUUUGUGUUGCAAUGGAUCGAUCAGAAAGAUCUUACCAACUUCUAGGGGAAUAUGCUUCAGGACAGCGAGUGUAUGAUCUAGAACUUUGCAGUGAUGCAUCAGUGUACAUUGUGUUCUGCCCUAAAGGGUCUAAUGGUGCCACUCAAGCCCCAAGGGUAAAGCUUCCCACACUUAAGGCUACCACGGAACAUCUUGUGGCCUGUGAAUAAAAGUGAACACCUUUGCAA